AUGGCCUUCACCAUCUCGCUGGAAGGACAGGUUACGUACUCCCUGGCCGCGUUUGCCGUCAGCUCCUUCAAUAACCACUCCCUGCUAUCAACCGUCUAUGUCGUUCAAGGGGUUGUGAAUGCCGUCAUCAAGCCGCCCAUGGCGAAGAUUGCAGAUGUCUUCGGCCGACUGGAAGCCUUCUGCUUCUCUAUCUUCCUCUGCGUCCUGGGCUACGUCCAGAUGGCCGCCUCCCAAAACCUCGAGACAUACGCGUCGGCUCAGAUCUUCUACUCGGCCGGGUCGACAGGCCUGCAGAUUCUGCAGCAGGUAUUCAUCGCCGACACCAGCGACUUCCUCAACCGUGCGCUCUUCUCCAGCCUGCCCGACAGCCCCUUUCUCGUGACUGUCUGGAUCGGGCCCGCCAUUGCUGCGGCCAUCCUUGCCAACACGUCCUGGAGGGUUGGCUACGCGAUUUGGGCCCUUAUCCUCCCGCUCGCGUUCCUGCCGUUAGCCAUGAGCCUGUUUCUAAACGGCCGGAAAGUUGAAAAGAUGGGCCUGCUCGUUCAGAAGCGGCAUGAGGGCUCCGCCACAACCGGCACAUCCUCGCGCGCAGCAGCAGCAAAACGGCUGUUCCACGACCUUGACAUAGGUGGUACCCUCCUCCUCUCUGGCGGGCUCUCCUUGAUCCUCAUUCCCCUGACGCUCGUCUCGCGUUCAUCCUCGGGAUGGCACGAUCCGAAGCUCCUUGCCAUGAUCCUCACAGGCCUGGUUCUUCUCGUCCUUUUCCCCCUGUGGGAAUCCCGUUCGCACCUAGCCCCCCACCCUCUCCUCCCGCUCCCGCUCCUAAAGUCCCGCACGUUUUGUGCCGGCUGUGCUCUCGGCUUCUUUUACUUUGGCGUCUUCUACAUCGCCGUCCAGCCCUACUUCUACUCGUACCUCCUCGUCGCCCUCAACCUGCCCGUCUCGCGGGCGGGGCCCAUCACGCAGACCUUCUCGUUCGCUUCCACCAUCGCGGCCCUGCUCGCCUCCCUCAUCAUCCGUCGCCUUUCCGUCCCGAGGCCGCGACCCUUCAUCCAAGCCGGCGCGGUCCUCUACACCGUCGCCAUCGUCGUCCUCCUGUACACGCGCACGCGCACCGCUUCGAUCGUGUCCCUUUUUGCAGCGCAGACGGCGCUCGGCGCUGGGGCCGGGCUGAUGCACGUCGCCACGCAGCUGGUCGUGCAGGCCGCCGCUAGCAGCUACGAUCAGCACCAUGGCCACGGCCACCCGCAACAAUACGUCGGGGUUGCGACUGCUUCUUUUCUGACGCUCGUCCAGGUCGGCGCUGCCGUGGGCUCGGCUGUGUCUGGUGCCGUUUGGGGCAGGCUGGUCUCGGCCAAACUGACCGAGUAUCUCCCGGAGCACGUCAAGGGCGAGGCGAAGAAGAUUUAUGCGAGCGUGGUGGUGGCGUGUAGCUAUCCCUGGGGCAGUCCCGAGCGAGAGGCGAUUGCGCGGUCGUAUCAGGAGACGAUAACGGUGUUGCUGUGGAUUGCGCUGGUGGCGUGCGGACCCGUGCUCGGAAUGGCGGCAUUGGUGGAGGAUUAUAGACUCGAUGAAACAGGGAGAAGGAACAACAGCAGGGUGGAAUUCGGGGAGAAUGAGGCGAGACGGUUCAGGGGUACGUGGUGGUCGAAACGGUGGAGCCAGCCUAAGGGCAGGACUGCAUCCUUCUCUGUUUCGAGCGUGCACAGCUAG